UGGCGGCGCCCAUAUGCACGUUUUGUGGCCGAAUUCAAAGAAAUCUUCAGAGGGUAACCGGCACAAAACGUGCAUACGAAAAAGAUAUUGAGAAAAUUUUAACUGACGCUUUAUGUCUCCAAAUCAGUUUCACAUUUGCGUGUAAGAUAUGUGUCCCAUGCCUUACGUUAUGUGAAAAAUUCUGUGAGUUUAAAAGAAAGGUCAAAGGCAAUACAGAGUUGUUAAACAGUUUGGCAAUUUCACCGGCUCUUAUGUCUCCUUCAACACCUAAGGGACCUACUCCAAAACGUCGUCGGAUGAACACGCCCUUAAAGAGUAUAGCUGAGGUCAAGCCUACUGAAAAAAAAAUUUCAUCAAGGAGAAGUAUUGACUUUGCUCAUGAUCAUGGCUAUAGCCUUCAAACUGAGGUAGAAUCUGUUGGAGAGACAUUAGCUAAGAAAAUCCACAGCAAUUCAACUCCAAGAAAAUCUGUUGCUGAGAAAAUACACAGCAAUUUAACUCCAAGGAAAUCUGUUGCUGAGUGGCUAAAGGAAACUUGUAAUCCUGGCUAUAGCCUUCAAAAUGAGGAAUCUGUUGGAGAGACACUAGCUAAGAAAAUCCACAGCAAUUCAACUCCAAGGAAAUCUGUUGCUGAGAAAAUACACGGCAAUUUAACUCCAAGGAAAUCUGUUGCUGAGUGGCUAAAGGAAACAUUAUCCAAAGUUGAUGAAUCAAAUGAAGAGCAAAAGGUAAAGAAAGAAAUAAUUAUACACCAUUUGGCUGCCCUUCAGAAAUUAGCCUUCAAUGGCGCUAGUGUACUGUUCAAGAAAUCUCCAUCAGUGCUAUGUGAUUCAACAUUAUCUGAAAUUGUUGAUGAAAUGAAGAACCAUCUCCCAUUUCUGUACAGUCUUCUGAAUGUUAUGAUUGGAGUAAGCGGGUCAAAGACUGGUACCAUAGCCUUGAUUUAUGCCAUGAUAUUACAUAGCAGGAAUAAGCAGGCUUCAAGAAUGCAGAGGAUCAUGUCAACUUUUCUAAUGAGUUGUAAUGCCAGCAACAUGUUAAUGACAAGACUAAACAAGUUUCAUCUCACCCUGAGUGGAGACAGUAAGGUAAACCUUAUCAAGGACUAUGCUAAUUAUAAUGAACACUUAGUGAUUAAGGCAGUUGCAGCUGGAGAAGAUGGAAAAUUAAAUGGUGACAACCUUGAUAUUUUUGUUACAACCAAUGAUAUCAGAAUGACAAACCACAACAAAGAUUACCACUUCUUUGCCACUGAUUGGACACCAUACAGGGUCAAGCAACAAGAUUUCAAUGAACAUGCUGGAGUGCAAGAGGCCAUUGACCGUACCAUUGAUUUGGAACCCACAACUGAAAAUUUUUUGGUGUCAGACAAUGAAAAUAAGAAAUUUGUUCAUUAUCUAGCACAGCUUCUUGGUAGAGAAAUGUCUAAAACCUGUACAAACUUUAAGUGGCUGGAAUCUGUAGUUCCCAAACACAUUGAGCAUUCUUUGUCAGAUAUUAUGUCACGAAAAACUGUUUCUUACCGAUUACCUAUUCUCCUUAAGAAUGAAGCAAAGUACGAUGACUGUAUUCAGAUAAUGGAAUCAUAUGUUACAAUGGUAACAGACUGGUACAACAAAGCCGGCAGAGGUGCUGAAUUGACCAAUUUGAAAGUGCCAGUAGGUGGAGACCAACUUACCCGUGUUCGUUUGCAAGGUGCUAAGUCUCUUCGUGCUGGUUGUCAUACUGCUCGUGAAAGACUGGACAUUCUAUUCCCAGUGGUUGUGGAACUGUUCCAUACAGUUAUGGAUUUUUUGGAGAAGAUGAUCAAAAAAUUCAUGAAGAAAAAUGGAAGGGACAUAGGUGCAUUGCAGAACUUAAAAGUAUUAAUCCAGAGGUCAAGUGUGAAUGGCAAUGUGAAAAGUAGAUAUGCAGCACAUGAGGACUUCUCUAUGCUUGUAGGAAGAAGUUAUUUUCUGGAAUAUGCCUUAUCAUACUUUGGUAUGAACUCCUUAGAUGACAUUCCUCGCAAACACAUUCCAGAAAACAUAAAAAACUGUCAUCAGGCAAAAAAGGAAAGCAUCUUUCAGACAAAUUUUAAUGAUCUUGCAACUGGCAUCCUUGGAAAAUGCAAAUUUGAACCACCCAGUAAAAGCAUUUUUGUGAAUGGAGUCGAGACAUCUAUCCCAUUAGCUGCUGAUAAAAUUGUGCUCAACUUGAACAGUAGUGGUGGCAUUGUUCAAGUCCCUAUUGAGGUGAAAUCCCUAGCAAACCCUCUAUUGCUGAAGUUUCCUAAUGGAACCAGUAUCAAUAUCAAGAGCAAAGGAGAUGAUGAUCUAUUUAACUAUGCUAAGCAUUACCUUCAUUACUUUUCCAUAUUGCUGUGUAUUAAAGAUGCAAUUCGAGAAGGAAACAUUUUUAUAAUUAAUAUUGCACUCAAGAUGAUGCUACCGUGUUUCUUUGCGCACUCAGAACUAUCUAAAUACUUUGUGGAGUGUAUUCAUUUUAUUUUGCUAACAGAACAUUUGCUAGAGCCAAGGCUUGCACUUCAAGUUAGAAUCAGCUCCUUAGUCAACCCAAAUGGUGGCCCAGGUGCCAAUAAACCUGCCGACAUGGAAAAAGAAAAUCAAGUGAGGGACUUGAAAAAAUUAAUCAAAGGACUUGGUGCUAAUAAAACAGAAAACUCCAUCAUUAACUUGUCUAAAGCAGCACCAAUUGUAGAUAGUAUUACCGAAAACAUUGAUGUGCAAAUUACUUGUAAAUCUUUGAACACCUGUCAUAAAUCUCGACCAGAUAUUCCUGAUUUAGAAACUCUACUUGCACACAUACAUCAACUUCAACCAUUUCAGUAUACUGAGGGGAGGUCAUUGAAUUCUUUCAAAUUCUUUAAAGCGAGUGUUUACGAUGAACUUUAUGACAAGAAGGAUAGAUUCAUAAAAUUUAUAGACUCUGUGGUAUGGCGUUCAAAAAUGAAUUUCAAUGUACCUGUUGAGGAUGAAUCUGGGUCAUCAGAUGAGGAGCAAUAAACACAUAACAUUGCAUAUUAGAUGGUACAUGUAUUUUAAUAACUUUGUAUCAAUUAUGUGUAAAUGUAUAAAUUUUAUGAACAAUGUAACAAUAUCAAUUCUUUAAGUUUUGACAUAUGUAAUAUAUAUUUGCAACAAAAGUAUGUACAUUAAAAUGUGACCUCUAGGUAAA